GAGAGAGAAAGAGAGAGAAAUAGCGCUUGCGACCGGACAGGGUGUUUUUGACCCUGUUUACGUUCUUCCUACCCAGGAAUCGAUCGGAUAAUUUGUCCCACGGACCGUUAUCGAGGGGAACUCUAUUAGACACAAAGCACACAGGACGUCAGACAACUAUCCAUCCAUCAUGUUGGCCAUCGAGUCUUCCCGACACCGACAGCUCCCUUACUUCCAGCCGUCCGCCAUGGACGCGACACUGGUCGACCCGCUCGCCAUGGAUGCCCUCGACGCAUACGCCUUCUACGCCGACGCAGGCGUCGAUCUGCACGAGCCGCAUGUUGACUUCCCCCCUACGCCGCCACUCAUGGCCGCCUCUUCUUCUUCCUCCUCCUCUUCCUCCCAACAGGCGGCGGCGGCGGCAGCAGCCGCUACUGCCUUUCACGCGGCCGAACAGUUCAUUUCCUCGCUGUCGAGUGCUUCGGCACCCUCGAUUGCCAGUGCCAGCUCGUCGGCCAUGGGUUCGCCUCACUCCAGCAGUUUCCAUGCCUUUCCGGAGCACUGGGUGGAUACCAACCACGGUCUGGGCCUACAGGACGCCAUGAUGGGCGAUCUGUUUGCUGGCGAGUACAUGGGGAACGGCAGCGCCAACCCUCAUGCCAACAUGCUUGAUGUCGAGUCUGGCUUCUACCCGGAGAAAUACCAAGACAGUUAUGGGGAUCCCUCGUUGAUCCAGCCCGUUCCUCGCCACGCAAAUCUCUCCCCGCCAACCAUCUCAUACCCGGACCAGUCGGGAUAUUUGAUGAUGCAGUCCGAGUUCUUCCACUUGUCGCCCGUGGGCUCGCCGUUGCCCAUGGCCGAGUACCCCCCGCCCGUGUGGGAGAACCCGCUGUCGCACCAGCCUGCCGGGUUUGUUCCGCCGCCGGUCUCGCCAUCGCCGCUGCUGGUGUCCGAGGUCAACUCGCGCCCGGCGUCGAUCUACGAGCGUCGCUCUUCUAUCUCGUCCACCCACUCUUCGCAUCACUCGCACCCGAGCCCCGGCACCAGCAGCCUCGACCUCGACGAGGACAGCCGCGAGAAGGGCCGCUGCCCUUACCCGGAAUGCGGCCGCGUCUUCAAGGACCUCAAGGCACAUAUGCUGACGCACAUGUCUGAGCGGCCCGAGAAGUGCCCGAUCGUCACCUGUGAAUACCACAUCAAGGGCUUUGCCCGCAAGUACGACAAGAACCGCCACACCCUCACCCACUACAAGGGUACCAUGGUCUGCGGCUUCUGCCCCGGAUCGGGCUCCCCCGCCGAGAAGAGCUUCAACCGCGCCGACGUCUUCAAGCGACACCUCUUCUCGGUCCACAGUGUGGAACAGACGCCGCCCAAUGGCCGCAAGCGCAGCUCGACCGUCGUCUCGACAUCCGGCAGCAGCAGCAGCAGCAACGGCGGCGGCAGCAGUAUUAACAACAAUAACGGCAACGGCAAUAAGGAAAGCCCUGCGGACUACUGCAAUGAUGUCACGGGCAAGUGCUCGACCUGCUCCGCCACCUUCACCAACGCCCAGGACUUCUACGAGCACCUGGACGACUGCGUGCUACGGGUCGUGCAGCAGGAGGAACCUAGCGAGGCGAUCAACCAACAACGCUUGGCCGAGGUGGCUGCGGAUGAGGAUGUGAAGAAGACGAUGGAGAAGCAUCAGCUCUCCUGUGACACGGCUGGCCCCGUGGAACAACAACAACAACAACAACAACAACAACUUUUUGACGACGAUACGAAUGACAUGGACGAUGACGACGACGCUAACGAACUUCCUUCUUCCCAAAAAUGGCGGUCCGGCCGCGGAUCGCUCAAGUCGACCAAGAACACCAAUGGCGCUGGCGCCAGCAACGGCGUGAACAAGCAACGCGGUGCAGGAGGAGCCUCGAAGCGCCGCAACAACCGCGACAACUACCCACAGUCGUGGGGGUGUCCGACCAGCAGCAUGAAGACCAAGAAGCGCGUACUGUGCGUCUUCAACGGGCAGCGCCGUCUGUGGAAGGACGAGAUGAUGCUCGACAACGAGUACGAAGUGCGGAUCAAGCUGCCCGGAGGCGCCGGCGACGGCACCGGCCGCGAGGCCUACGUCACCGACCUCGACGUCGAGACCCUCAAGCGCGCCGAGGGCGUCCACAGCGCCAGUGCCGACGAGCGCGGGCCCUGGGACGGCCACUCAGUCGGUCUCAUGGGCCAGCCGGCCAUGGUGCUGCCGCAUCUCGGCCAGCAGGAGGACGAGGUGAACCUGGACGAGUUGAUGGCAUAAAAAAGGAACCUCCCCCCCCCCCUCCCC